CGUGGGCUGGUUUUGACAGGUGCAGCUGCAAAGCAGGCAGGCACGCAGCCUGGGAGGUUUGGGGGAUCUUGACCUCCAAGAGGAACUGAAGGGAGUGAACAGAAGAUAAGGGGGCUAAGUGGAAGGAAGAGCACAGGAGGCUGUGUGGCUAGUGGGGAGCAAGAUAGGCACUUAGAAAAGGGGGUUCAAGACAGAAGAGACAUGACGACGCAGAUAGAAACGCACAUCCAGUACAACCACUCAUACAUGACGACUGAGGACUACAUGGCGCAGGAAGAGGACUGGGAUCGUGACCUGCUGCUUGACCCUGCCUGGGAGAAACAACAGCGAAAGACAUUCACAGCCUGGUGCAACUCUCAUUUGCGGAAGGCAGGGACACAGAUUGAGAACAUUGAGGAAGACUUCCGAAAUGGCUUGAAACUAAUGCUUCUGCUGGAAGUGAUUUCAGGUGAACGUUUGCCAAAACCAGACAAAGGCAAGAUGCGCUUCCACAAGAUUGCCAAUGUCAACAAGGCCCUGGACUUCAUUGCCAGCAAGGGGGUGAAGUUGGUAUCCAUUGGGGCUGAAGAAAUUGUGGAUGGUAACCUGAAGAUGACUCUGGGUAUGAUCUGGACAAUCAUCCUCCGGUUUGCUAUUCAGGACAUCUCGGUGGAAGAAACCUCCGCCAAGGAGGGGCUGCUGCUAUGGUGCCAGAGGAAGACAGCUCCCUAUCGCAACGUCAAUGUGCAGAAUUUCCACAUCAGCUGGAAAGAUGGCCUGGCACUGUGCGCCCUGAUUCACCGGCACCGCCCUGACCUCAUUGACUACGCCAAGCUCAGAAAGGAUGACCCCAUUGGAAACCUCAACACAGCAUUUGAGGUGGCUGAGAAAUACCUAGAUAUCCCCAAGAUGUUGGACGCAGAAGAUAUUGUCAACACCCCCAAACCAGAUGAGAAGGCCAUCAUGACCUACGUCUCCUGUUUUUAUCAUGCCUUUGCUGGUGCAGAGCAGGCUGAGACAGCUGCCAAUAGGAUCUGCAAGGUGCUUGCUGUCAAUCAAGAGAAUGAAAAACUGAUGCAGGAGUAUGAGAAGCUGGCCAGUGAGCUCCUGGAAUGGAUUCGCCGCACUAUCCCAUGGCUGGAGAACCGUGUGCCAGAGAAGAGCAUGAGUGCCAUGCAGCGCAAGCUGGAGGACUUCCGGGACUACCGGCGUGUGCACAAGCCCCCCCGGGUCCAGGAGAAAUGCCAGCUUGAGAUCAACUUCAACACCCUGCAGACAAAGCUGCGUCUCAGCAACCGGCCAGCCUUCAUGCCCUCCGAGGGCAAGAUGGUCUCCGAUAUCGCCAAUGCCUGGAAGGGGCUGGAGCAAGUGGAGAAAGGCUAUGAAGAGUGGCUGCUGACUGAGAUUAGGCGCCUGGAGCGUCUGGAUCACCUGGCUGAGAAAUUCAAGCAGAAGGCCACCCUGCACGAAACCUGGACCAGAGGGAAGGAGGAUAUGCUCUUGCAGAAGGACUAUGAGUCGGCAACUCUCUACGAGAUCCGGGCGCUGCUGCGGAAGCAUGAGGCCUUUGAGAGUGACCUGGCUGCUCACCAGGACCGUGUGGAACAGAUUGCAGCCAUUGCACAGGAGCUCAAUGAGCUGGACUACCAUGAUGCAGCAUCGGUGAACGCUCGCUGCCAGGCCAUUUGUGACCAGUGGGAUACCCUUGGAACGCUCACACAGAAGAGGAGGGAUUCCUUGGAGCGUGUGGAGAAACUGCUAGAGACCAUUGACCAGCUGUACCUGGAAUUUGCUAAGAGAGCUGCCCCAUUUAACAAUUGGAUGGAUGGAGCCAUUGAAGACCUCCAGGACAUGUUCAUUGUGCACAGCAUUGAGGAGAUCCAGAGCCUGAUCACUGCCCAUGAGCAGUUCAAAGCUACUCUGCCUGAAGCUGACAAAGAGCGCAUGGCUAUCCUAGGUAUCCAGAAUGAGAUCCAGAAGAUCGCCCAGACCUACGGCAUCAAGCUGUCGGGUGUGAACCCCUACACCAACCUCACCCACCUUGAUAUUGCCAACAAAUGGGACACGGUGAAGCAACUGGUCCCACACCGUGAUCAGACCCUGCAGGAAGAGCUGGCCAGGCAGCAAGCCAACGAGCGCCUGAGACGCCAGUUUGCCGCCCAAGCCAACAUUAUUGGUCCCUGGAUCCAAACAAAGAUGGAGGAGAUUGGCCACAUCUCUGUGGACAUCAGUGGAUCUCUUGAGGACCAGAUGAACCACUUGAAACAGCAUGAGCAGAACAUCAUCAACUACAAGGCAAACAUUGACAAGCUGGAGGGUGACCACCAGCUCAUUCAGGAGGCACUCAUCUUCGACAACAAGCACACAAGCUACACCAUGGAGCACAUCCGGGUAGGAUGGGAACAGCUGCUGACAACGAUUGCACGCACGAUCAAUGAAGUUGAGAACCAGAUCCUGACACGCGAUGCCAAGGGCAUCAGUCAAGAACAGAUGAACGAGUUCCGGGCUUCCUUCAACCACUUUGACCGAAAGCGGAACGGUAUGAUGGACCCAGAUGACUUCCGUGCCUGCUUGAUCUCCAUGGGAUAUGACCUGGGUGAAGUGGAGUUUGCUCGUAUCAUGACCCUGGUUGACCCCAACAAUGCAGGCGUGGUGACCUUCCAGGCUUUCAUUGACUUCAUGACUCGUGAGACAGCUGAGACGGACACCGCAGAGCAAGUUAUGGCCUCCUUCAAGAUCCUGGCUUCAGACAAGAACUACAUCACGAUAGAAGAGCUGCGGCGGGAGCUGCCACCAGAGCAGGCCGAAUAUUGCAUCAGUAGGAUGACAAAAUACACAGGAGCCGAUGCCGUGUCGGGCGCUUUGGACUAUGUCUCCUUCUCCAGCGCCCUGUAUGGGGAGAGCGACCUGUGAUUUCCUCCCCAGCCUUCCGCCUUCACACCCCAAGCCCACCCUCUCACCAGAAAAGGCUUGUGGGAGCAGAAUGAAUUCUCUCCUCCCCCUCCGUGGGGACUAACACAAGGGAAGCACUAUGUACCUUCCCACCAUCUAUCCCAAUGCCAGGGCAAGAAGUUAAGGAGUCCCCUAUCUCCACCCACAAGCCGAGGCUGGUGGAUCCAGGGUGGUCUUGGAUAUUAAGCUGUCUUCACCCUCACACCUUUGUAGAGCUGCCGUGUCUGGUCUUUGCUGCUGCUGAGCUAGUUAUGCAUCCCCCCCAGCCCACGUUCUCCCUUCCCUCCUCUCCACACCCUUCUUUUCUGGCUGCCUCAGCCUCUCCAACUGAAGAAGCAAAUGCUGCUCUUUCUGAUGGUCCCCUAUGAGGGCCAACCAAACGACUGGGCUGGGUUUAAACCUGCCACCAUUGAUGCUGGGCCUGGAAGACGGGACCAGGGAGGAGGGUGCCAGGGAAAGCAGGGGAGAGCUGGCUGGGAAGGAAUGCUGUUCCAAUAAAUGGCACACACUGGAGGCCCACCCAA